AGACUUUCCCAUUACUUUUAUAACAAACCGAGAAAUUAAUUAGACCCACUAUUUGCUUCACACAGGUUGAUCAUGAUCGCUUCACCGUUCUAAAUUUCAAGGACGUGAGUUCCGCACCGGCUCCGUCACCGUUAUCAACCACGAUUCACAAGCCGACACGAUGGUAGCACCACAGAUCACCACGUGUGAUCCAACCAUACGACCUUGCUUACUGACGCGUGGCUCACCACCUCGUACUCGUACAUGUGCGCCGCUUCUCCUCCUCCUACUAGGUUUAACGGUCUCUCUCACGGUUGCAAAUCCUUCAUGUGAGUCCUCUGUUUCAAUGGUGAGAAACUGUAAGCAACUGUGGAAAAUUUUAGACAGGAAAGUGAGUGUUCCCCGCCGUAGGAUUACAACUUCACCGAGUAACAUAACUCAAACUGAAUUACCAGAUAAGACAAUGGAAGCUAAGUGUUUACAAAGCAUGUUUGAGUUGAUUGAUUCUGGAUUCUUCAAUGAAACUAAGAUUCAGGAGAUUGCAAAUGGGGCCACUGAAAUGAACCUUCCUAUAUACCGGACCAACCGGAAACUCGUGGCUACUAAGAAUGGCGGUUUGGAAAAUCCAUCCCCUCUGGUGUUUAAUGCGUCUUGGAACAGAGAAGUUCCACGAGCACAAGCCAAAAGAUUCAACUAUCCUUCACUAUCUGGAGUACGACUCCCUGAAAAUGAAGAAGAUAUUGCAUUCAUGAGCGUUCUUGAACUCGGAGAACUUAUAAAGACCAAACAAGUUACUUCCAAGGAACUUGUACGUAUUUAUCUCAAGCGGUUAAAACGGUAUAAUCAUGUUCUUGAAUCGGUCGUUACUUAUACUGAAGAAUUAGCAUACAAACAAGCCAAAGAAGCUGAUGAUUUGCUCUCUCAGGGAACUUAUCUCGGACCUCUUCACGGGAUUCCAUAUGGUUUGAAGGAUAUAGUUGCGGUCCCGGGGUACAAAACUACGUGGGGUUCAACUUCUUUUAAAGACCAAGUUCUUGAUAUUGAAGCAUGGGUUUACAGAAGAUUAAAAGCUUCAGGUGCAGUUUUAGUAGCAAAGCUUGUAACGGGUUCUCUAGCUUAUGAUGACAUCUGGUUCGGGGGACGGACUAGGAACCCGUGGAAUAUUGAGGAGUUCUCUACCGGUUCAUCAGCUGGACCUGCUGCUUCCACAUCAGCUGGUAUGGUUCCGUUUGCGAUAGGCUCGGAGACAGCAGGCUCAAUGACAUACCCUGCAGCUAGGUGUGGCGUAACAGCAUUUCGUCCCACAUUUGGGAGCGUUGGUAGAACCGGAGUGAUGAGCUUAUCCGAGAGUCUGGAUAAGCUUGGACCUUUCUGUAGAACAGCAGCAGAUUGUGCUGUAGUUCUUGACGCUAUAAAAGGGAAAGAUCCCGAUGAUCUCUCAUCAAGAGAGAUUGCGUUUGUAGAUCCCUUCUCAGUAGAUAUCACGAAACUCACUGUUGGGUAUACAAAAGAUGCUGAUAUGAAGGUUGUGGAAGUUCUUGGGUCGAAAGGUGUCAAUAUGGUUCCUUUUGAACUAAACUAUACAGUGGAUUCUGUUCAAGGGAUAUUGAACUUCACAAUGGACGUAGACAUGUUAGCUCAUUUUGAUGAAUGGCAAAGAACAGGUCAAGAGGAUCUCUACGAAGCUCAGGAUCAGUGGCCGGUUGAGUUACGCCGUGCUCGUGUAGUUACAGCCGUUGAUUACAUUCAGGCGCAGAGAGCUCGUGGUAAGUUGAUUAGAGAAGUGGAGAAGAGCUUUAUAGUAGAUGCGUUUAUUGGAAACGUGACGGAUUGGGAGAAAGUCUGCAUGGGAAACCUUGUUGGUUUGCCAGUUCUAGUGAUUCCGACAGGUUUCAAGAACAUAUCGGAACCACCACCGACCAAGAGUUGUCGUAGGAGGACAACGAUUAAUGCUGGAAUCUAUGCUCCUCCUGAACGUGAUCACAUCGCUUUGGCAUUGGGUAUGGCAUACCAAUCGGUUACCGAUGCCCAUAAAAAACGACCGCCUGUCGAUGAUCUUGGACCGGAUGACUCCAUACCAAAUCCGCCUAGAGCUAUAAUCCCUCCCCGAAGGUUACACAUACACGAAUGAGUGUUUUUAUUUUUCCCUAGCUUGUUGUUAUGUUAGGAUAAUAAUCAGCUCAAUGUUUAUGUGUUUUGUUAGUACGAAGUUUAAAAUAUGUUACGAAGUUGUGGUUAACAUAUUGUUUCUGUCCCAAUGAGUUACCAAGCCAACGCAGUGGUGUAUACGUUUCUUUUGCUUGGUAAUGAAAUGACCAUUUAGUCUGCC